AUGCAUCGACAGCUGGUUGCUUUGGUAUGCGCCGCCACUCUGGCAGCAGGUUCUGCGCUGCCCGCCUUGGGUUAUGAACGAAAGCUUCUUCUCGAUGCCUUGAGCAAGCGACAAGCUGCCGGUGCCAGCUGCAAUACCGGCGAUGCGCCGGUGACACAGGCACCCAAGGCCAAUGUCUGGGCCGGAAUAAGUGCUCAGGAUAAUUAUGAUGUUUGGACACUCUUGCAUGAUCCAGCAAAUGGUCUGAAUCUGACAGUACCUGAAAAUGCAACUGUGACGGACAAUUACGUCUUCUGGAUUGACACCCUCCACACAAAUAAGUCAGAUGUGCUUCCAUAUCUGGAUGGAGAUGGCCCAGCGCCUCCCAAGUAUGCCAGAGCCAUUAUCUUUGAAGGCGGAAAGGCCGAGCCCGACUCGCAAGAGUACUUCAUUGGGCCGCUUCCAGUAUCAGCGGAAACCACAGUGCAGAAACUGGAUUAUAUUUACAACGGUGGUCGAGGUGGCUCUGUGCCAUUUAAUGCCCGCUACGCAGAUGCUAUUAAGGCGGCUCCCAUCAACCCGUUGAUUGCAUCUGCCAUGGGGAAUAUCUCUGAUAUCACCGCCGCCUUGUUCAACGGAACAGUUUUCUAUGGAGCAUCAGACAAUCGGACGACACUGUCAACAACUGCAGGCACGCCUCUUUCGUUCGAUGGUAGCCAAGGGUUUCGAAACAUCAUGUUUAGAAUACCAGGGCGUGGGACAUAUUUGACACCAAUCGACUUUUACCUACUUAUCGACUGCCCUGGAACCGAUCCAUCCCACUACUCUGUGAAAGGAUACGUCACAAAUGAGAAGUUCUUUCCCGACGAGGCAUCCUUGCGGGCGGCAUUCGAUGCUGGAGAGCUGGCUCAGGAAUAUGUACAGACAACAGACCAGAGCUGGACAGACGUCGACUAUAAGCCUGAGCUAGGUGUAAGGGCCCUCGAAGAUCGCUUCGCUCCUACAAGUCUCGAGCUCGGCGGAAAACGUUAUCAAGUUGAUCCCGAGGCUCAGUACGUGGAGUACAUGGGAUUCUCAUUCUACAUUGCGUUUUCAAGAACAUUGGGGGUCAUGUUCUAUGACAUCAAGUACAAGGGCGACAGGAUCAUGUACGAGCUCUCCCUCCAGGAAGCCCUCGCCCAAUACGCUGGCAAUCAGCCGAAAGCGGCCAAUACCGUGUACCAUGAUACAUACUACAGUCUAGGGACUGACCUGGCUACUCUUAUCGAGGGCUACGAUUGUCCAUUUGGCGCAACGCUCUGGAAUGUAACGUAUCAUGAGGGAAACCAUACAGUCACCAACCAAGACGCCAUUUGCAUUUUCGAACAAGAUAUGGGCUUCCCCCUAUCAAGACAUAGAUAUGGUUCUGGCGCCGGGGAUUAUCCCUUUAGCCAGCUCGGUGUUACAAAGGGCGCCGCUUUGGUCAUUCGAACUAUUGCAACAGUUGGCAAUUACGAUUACAUGUUCAGUUACCUAUUCCAUCAAGAUGGAUCGGUAGAAGUGGAAGUGCGUGCAAGUGGAUUUCUACAGUCCAGCUUUUACUAUCCUGAUCAAGCCAAGUACGGGCCACGGAUAGCACCUGCCACCCAGGGUAGCCUUCACGACCAUAUCUUGACCUACAAAGCCGACUUCGACAUCGUGGGAAGCUCGAAUUCAUUCGAAGUCAGCGAGCUGGUCGUCGUGAAUCAGAGCCAAGCCUGGUUCCCCGAGCUCGGUGAAUUCGAACAGAUGGAGCUGAACAUCAGCUAUCUGGAAAAGGAGGCUGCAUUCAACUGGGCGCCCAACAACGAAGCCAUGUUCUGCGUGGUCAACAAGAACGAGACCAACGCCUGGGGUGAAAAGCGCGGCUACCGACUCGUCCCUGGACGGUCCAACCUCCACCUGACGGUGCAAAACUCACCGUUCUCGCUGAAGAACAGCGAAAUGGCCAAGACGCACCUGGCGGUCACCAAACAGCACGACACCGAGCCGUACGCCAACUCGGUGCACAACAUCAACCUGCCGUCCGCGCCGCAACAGGAUUUCUCCAAAUUCUUCGAUGACGAGGACAUCGACGACGAAGACCUGGUCGUCUGGUUCAACCUGGGCAUGCAUCAUUUCGUGCGCGCCGAGGAUAUCCCCGUCACGCUGUACACGGAGGCGGCGUCGAAUAUCGUGUUUGCGCCGCAGAACUUCAACGACCGAGCACAGGAUGGUGAUUUGUUGAAUCGCAGGUGGAUCAAGCACAAUGCGACUUCGGAUGAGAUUACUUUUGACAGCUACGGUGUUGAGUUGCCCAGUUGUCCGAUUACGAUAUCGGAGCCAGUUUACGGUAUCUCGCCUACUGUGGAGCUGUACCAAGAAGAGUAA